UCGACUUGCAAAAUUUGUGCAGUACGCGAACAUUUGAGCAAAUCUUGUGACUAAACAGUAGUGUUAAAAUUUAUUAUUUUUCCCACUAAACCUUGUGAAUUAGGGAGUGUUUGUUCCAACCUUGUCACGAUGGAGGACCCUGUAUUCCGUCAAAAGUAUCAAAAGUGCAAGUACAGAGUUAAGCAAUGGGAAAAGGAGUUUAAGAAAAAGCAUGGCCGCGUGCCGUCUAAGCUGGACAUACGAGACUCCCCGAGUGAAAUUCGAAAUUCUUACAAAAUGUACUACCGACUUAAGACCAGCCUGCUCGAGGACACUUUGCUGGAUGUGCUGGACGAUGACGAUGAUUUCGAUGGUUCACUAAUUUCCCAAGAGUCCAGCUUUUCGCAGGAAAUCGGCGAUAGUUUAGGGAGGUUCAGCAAUGGGUCAAUUUUAAACGAGAGCGCCCUUGCUGGAAGGACGUCAUCGAUGAGCAGUUUGCUUACGGAACCCAUAGGUCGUACAAGCACCGCGAUGGAUUUUCAGGCAGAAGAGGAAGUACAACAGAACCAGCAUGCGUGGAGGGGAGAAAAAAGUCGCAAAAAGGAUCCUGUUCCAAAUGGUGUUUCGAAAAAUACGCCCACCGAUCCCCCGAAACCGGUUGGCAUAAAGGUAACCAAGCUAAUGUCUGCCUCAAGCUUGAUUAUUCCUAAAAGAAACCCGCGUAAAUCGAUGUCACGAAACUCUUUCGGAAUGACCGAUGGCUCCGGUUCAAUCACCAGCAGUGGAAGCGGGACGAAAUUUACCCUCCCAGACCUGGAGACAUUACUCACAGCCAAAUCAAAAGAACUGGAAAGCAGUAUGAAGGUUGAACAAAAAGUCUCAGUUCCCUCGUUGACCGAACCAAUGAAUCAGUUAGACGAAAGAUGGAUUAACCGGCGCUCCACCGGUGAAGUGGAAAAUAGUUUAUCUAACCAAUCUACACUUCCCACCGAGGAGCGCGCGACCAACUAUGGGCUUCGUAACAUCAAUCUGACUUCAAUCGCCUCAUCAUCAAGCUUUGGUAUGUCGUCGUUGAGUGUUUCCUGCAAGGAGCCUCCGAUUGAUAGCAAAACAACCGAUGGAAUAGUCGUUCAAAAUACGGUAUACGAUCGGACUGUGCAGUCGGAUUCUGAUGGAGUGGUGGAGAAUUCGGAAGACGAGAGCACCAAAACGUCCCCUGGGAUGAUGCACAUUGCGAAAAAACGUAAGAUCUUCACCGCCAUCAAUCGAAGCCCGGUGGAAAAGCAAAUCAAAGAGAAAGAUAUACCGAAGCCGGUAGGCGAACCGCAGCCGAUUCUGAAGGCCACCGAGAAUGAUCCCCAGAACGAAAAAGAAAACGAAAAGGAGCCCGUGCAACGACAAAAACGUGUCGCAAAGAAAGUUACGAAAACUGGGAAACAAAAAUCAACGCAUAGGAAAGUAAUGGAUAAACCCAAAUUAAAUACGGUGGUACAACGCGCUCGAUCAACCCGUGCAAGCGCGAAGGUUGCCAGCUACCGAGAAGUACUCGCCGAAGAUAAUGCGGUUGAGGCGAAAUUUUCCAGCGAUGAUGACGAUAAGGAUCCCGAUUACGGGAUGAAGCCAAAUGAAGCGGAUGAUGAGUCGUUACCUUCGGAAACGGGAGAUUCUGAUCAAGGGCAACAGGAAGAACAAACAGUCCAUAAGCCUAAACAAGUUCGUCGUUCACGUAGUAUUGGCCCGGCGAAACAACGGAAAACUCCACGAGUUAAGGGAAAACCGGCACCUAUCUCUCCGAAGUUAAGCCCGGGUACAUCGAAGCCAUCUACGUCCAAGGGUCGGAAGUCAAAAGCAGUCGCUCAACGGCGAAAGACAAGUGCCACGAGUGAGGCACAAUCGAGUGGCGAACAAGAAGAACCCGAGGAGUAUGUGCCGGAAUUUGGGCUCGAUCGGCUUAAGAACAUUCCACGGCUCGAUAUCAAAGAACUGAUGAAGGAUACAAAGCUGGCCGAUACUUUUAUUCAAGGCGCGGGCUUAUGUGAUCCUACAGGGAAACCAUCCACUGCAGAACCAUCUGGAAGUGGCAAAGAAACGGCGUUACGCAAGAAAAUGGCAGCAGGGAAGUUGAACGAAAAUUUUGUGCGCGUAGACCUGCGUAAAAAGGUGUUCGUUAGGGGCAAGAAAACGAUGAAUUACAGUCGCUACAAAAAGUCACUGUGGAAGGCCAAGAAGGUGGCGGCUCUGAGCGGUCCGGACAUGGAUAUGGGUGGGUGCGACGGAGGAACCUUGACGUGCUUUUUAUGCGGCGGCACCGGCCACAUGGCACGUCAGUGUAAGAAUGUGAAGGAAGACAAACUCCUGCCAUUUGACGAGAAUGCAGUGGAGGAUUCUUCGUUCCCUACGUUGGAGGAAGCUGAAGCGAUGGCACUAUCAAAGACGGCAGUUGUUCAUUCAAAUCGCAUGGAUAAUCUUCCGCCUGUUGCUAAUUUAGUGUGGAAAGAACAGCCAACAGAAAGCACAGAACCGAACGACGAGCCAGAAACCACAACCAAUUCAAAUGAUAAGUCGCUGGAAAAAGAAUUACCGGAGGUGACAAAGGAAACAACGAAAGUGUUUUCGAAACCGGCAUACAUAGGUCAUAGGAUACCGGAAGAUUUCCUUAAGAAAUCCGGCCUGCUUGAAGCAACAGUCAGUCGCGGGACCAAGGGCACCUUCGAACCCGUUUAUGAGCAACAGCCGGAUGGAACUCUUCCCGAAACACCUCGGGAAGUUUUCACGACGCUGCAAAUGUUUGGCCACAAGUCCUUCCGGCACGGUCAGGAGCGCGCCGUGAUGCGUGUACUCUGUGGAAUGUCGACCCUUGUAACGCUUAGCACAGGGGCGGGAAAAUCUCUCUGCUAUCAACUUCCCGCGUACUUAUACCGCCAAAAGCGGCAGUGUAUUACGCUUGUGAUUUCUCCAUUGGUUUCGCUUAUGGAGGAUCAGGUGCACGGAAUGCCGGAUUUUCUUAACGCCCACUGUCUACAUACAAACCAGACACCAAAAGUUCGCGAUCGUACGAUGGCGGCAAUCAAAGCAGGCGAAGUGGAUGUGCUAUUGAUCUCACCGGAAGCAGUCGUUGCGGGGGAGAAAUCGACCGGCUUCGGUUCACUGCUUCGUGAGCUGCCACCUAUAGCGUUUGCAUGUAUCGACGAAGCUCAUUGUGUGUCCCAGUGGAGUCAUAAUUUUCGACCAAGUUACCUUAUGAUCUGCAAGGUUUUAAAAGAAAAACUGGGUGUAAGAACAAUUCUAGGACUAACGGCCACGGCUACAGUACAAACGCGACAAAGUAUUGUUUCUCAUCUGGCCAUACCGGAUGGUUUGAGCGGCAUCAUCAGCGAUAUUCCGCUGCCCGAUAAUCUACUGUUAACCGUUUCACGCGACCCAAACCGAGACACGGCUCUGGUGGAGCUGCUUCUUUCAGAACGUUUCAAUUCCCUACAAUCGAUCAUCGUGUACUGUACACGGCGUGAUGAUUGCGAGCGGGUGGCUACGUUCGUUCGCACCUGCUUCCAGGAUGCAGCUCGUGCUGCGGCCGAAGCAAACACUAAUAAACGUAGAAGGAUGAAUUACGUCGCGGAACCGUAUCACGCUGGCAUGCCCGCGUCUCGCCGACGGACAAUACAGAACGCAUUCAUGAGUGGGGAGCUGCGCAUCGUGGUGGCCACCAUCGCUUUCGGAAUGGGCAUCAACAAGGCGGAUAUACGUGCUAUCAUUCACUACAACAUGCCGAAGAACUUUGAGAGCUAUGUGCAGGAGGUGGGUCGCGCGGGACGCGAUGGGCUGCUUUCACACUGCCACCUUUUUCUGGACAAUCGUGGUAAUGACAGGAAUGAACUACGACGCUUUAUUUUUGCGAACUCAAUUGAUCGACAUGUGAUUCGCAAGCUUUUGCAGAAGAUCUUUGUACCUUGUGCAUGCGCGCAAAUUUUUAAAAAUCCGCAGUUGGCUAACGAUUUACAACAAGAAAUCCAAGCAAUCAAUGGCAUCGAUUGGGAUGUCGAAUUCGACGAUAAUACCGCAGUCAACGAAGUUCAACGGAAAAACAACGGACAUUUACACCACAAAGGCGGGAAACGAUUGUGUCCCGGGCACGAGAUAUGCUUCUCAAUCGAAUCCACCGUCCAGCAGCUCGAUAUUCCGGAGGAAAAUAUUGCCACUUUUCUCUGUUACCUUGAGCUGCACGAACAGAAAUACAUCCAAGCGCUUAGCCCUGCCUACUGCAUGUGUAAGAUAAUGUCGUACAGUGGUAUCCGACCACUUAGAAUGGCCGCAAAAGAGUGUCCCCCGUUAGCAAUGGCAUUUGCGCUCGAUCUUAAGCGGGGGAUUUCUCAUGCCACAUCUACGUUCAUUGAGUUUCCGGUGAUAGAUGUGGCUGCCGCAAUCGGAUGGGACAGUGGCGUCGUAAAAUAUCAAUUGAAAAAUCUCGAAUGGACUACUGAAAACAACGUUCGGAAACGUUCCCCUUUGUCGGUGAGCUUCUCAAACUUAGGGUUCCGGGUGCGUGCACCGGGUGACCUAACGGACGAUGAGCUAGAUCGCACAUUGGACACACUGUACGAACGCGUAACCAGCCAGGAACGUACCCAGCUGGCGCAGUUGCAGUACAUUUCAGACGCACUAAACUCGGUUAGCUUCAACAGCAUUCAUCCCGUUUGUCGUGUGGAUUGUCCGUCCGGCCCAUCCGAGAAGCUGAAAAAAAUCGUUCGAGAAUACUUCAUUACCGACAUUAGCAAAGAACAUGUGGAAAUCGUUCCAGAGCCUGACGAUACAACCGACGAGCGCUUGAUAGCGGACAUUCGCACGAUGAUAUGCCGUUACCCGGAAAACAAUUUCAGCGGCAGAACAAUCGCUAGGCUAUUUCACGGUGUCCAAAGCCCGAAUUAUCCGGCGUUGGUUUGGUCCAGGUCGAAUUUCUGGCGCGCUUACACGAAGACUGACUUCAAUCGCAUCGUACGGUUAGCGAACGCUGAAAUUGUUCGAAUGAAGAGCUGAGAAUUUGGGAUUUACGAUUCAGACUGGUGUUAGUUGAAUGGUUAGUUGGUUUUCUGCACUUUAGCUCAUUUUUACUUUGAUUAUACUCAAUAAGAAUAAAAUUGUUGUUACUCAAAUUCGAAAGACAUGAAUUGAGUUUAAAAUAAGAAAAGUUGUCAUGGAAAUGAAUAAAACGUAUGCUAUGAAAAGAUAGCGUCC